AUGUCAGAAAUUUUGCAACCAAAUUUAAAUACAUAUUCAAAAUUAAAACCAAACACACAUAAAAAACUUCAGUCAUCUCAUUCCAGAACAAGUUUGAUUGAUGUAACAGAUAAAUUACCUAUUCAACCACCAUGUAGAAUUUUAUUUAAAAAUGAAAUGGAACAUGCUUCAGGUUCUUUCAAAUUAAGGGGUAUUGGAAAUUUAGUAAAAACAUCAAUUGAAAAAGCACAAUCAAAAGGUAUACCAUUAAAUCAAAUACAUGUGUUUGCAUCAAGUGGUGGAAAUGCAGGAUUAGCAGCUGCUUAUUCAGCUAAAUUUUAUAAUGUAUCUUGUACUGUAGCUAUACCAAUAAUUGCAAAACCAAUAAUUCAAACAAAAUUAAAAGAAUUUGGAGCAAGAGUAAUAUUAUUUGGAAAUUCAAUAAAUGAAGCAGAUCAACAUUUAAAAAAUAUAAUAAAUUCAGCAAGUCAAGAUAUUUUUCCUAUAUAUUGUCAUCCAUUUGAUAAUCCAGAAAUAUGGCAUGGUCAUUCUACAUUAGUAGAUGAAGUAUCUCAACAAGUUGAAAAUAAAGAUAAAAUAAAAGGAUUUGUUUGUUCAUUUGGUGGAGGAGGAUUAUAUAAUGGAAUAUAUCAAGGCAUGGUUCAAAAUGAUAUAUCUGGAGAUAUCUUAUUACUAGAAACAGCUCAAGCACCAACAUUAACAGAAACUAUAAAAGCAAACAACAUCAUACAAUUAAAAAAUGUUAAUUCAUUAGCUACUUCUUUAGCAUGUUCAUAUACUACUAAACAAUCAUUACAAUAUUAUCAAGAUAGAGAUAAUGGAAUUCAAUCACAUUUAGAAUUAAUAGAUGAUAUGGAUGCUUUAAGAGCUUGCAUUGCAUAUAAUAAAUGUUGUAAAAAAACAGUUGAACCAGCUUGUGGUACUGCUUUAUCUGUUUGUUACGACAAAAUAGAUUUAUUAUUUAAAAAUUUUUCCCAUUUAAAAAAAGAUGAUAUUUUGGUGAUUGUCGUUUGUGGUGGUUCAUGUACCACUGAUGAAGAAUUGAAACAAUUCGAACAAAUAUUGAAGAAGUCAGAAACCAAACUUUAG